CUGAGGCAGAAGCUUGGAGCUUGAGGGAAGCUCUUAAAUGGAUGCAGGAGACUGAGUAUACAAGAGUUAUUUUCGAGUCUGAUUGCAAGCAGUUGGUGGAUGAUAUUUACAACGCACACAAGGAUCGAUCUGAAUAUGGAUCUCUAGUACAUGAUUGUAGGAAUAUUGUUGGGUCUAAUAACGAUUUCUGUGUCGUUUUUGCUAGGCGACAAGCUAAUAGUAGUGCUCAUGCUCUUGCUAGAGCAUCUACUAGUUAUGCUUCUUGCACAAUUUUUUUAUCUGUUCCUUAUUGUAUUGAGAACAUUGUGAUUGAUGAAAUGAAUUAAGCCUUUUGCGCAGUGUUCUAAAAAACUUCAAAAAGCGCCGCCCAGGCGAGAGUAGGCGUGAGGCGCCGCACAAACGCCUCGCACAGGCACUAUGCGUGGCAAAAGGCGUUAUGACCUUCACCAUCCUUCAGUUUUAACUCGAGUGCAGCCCAACUAGACUAGCGAGCCCAAAGAAGCUUUACUCCACAGAAAUGAGGAGAUAGCUAAACUAAUUUAUAAAGCUCCAGUAAGGAAGAGUUGCC